GUGUGCUCACUAGCUUUCAGUGAUUUUUUAGUGUCUGUCUCUUUCUGUGUAACAGCGUGAGAUACUGUAGGAUGUUCCUGACUCACUGUGUGACGGCAGGGAUUGUGUUGACAGUCCUCAGCCUCUGCCGGCCUGCGUGGAGUGCCGUGAAGAUAAUCCAGCCCUAUAGAGUGGUGAGCACCAAUGGUAUGGCACAGGUCCAUUGCUUCGUCCAACCCCGACCCUCCUACCACCAGACCCAACCCCCCUCUGACCAAACCCGGCCUUACCCUUACCCUGACCCCAAGGAGCUCCGUGUGACUCUGCUGAAAGGCCUCUACGGCACCCAGGAAUUCUGCUCGUCCUUCCUCAACUUCACAGGGCAGAGAGAGCCAGGUGUGGAGAAACAAGGAGAUGUGCAGUGCUCUGCUCGGAUGAGGGAGGGCGCCGUGGAGGUGUCGGUGUCUGGACUGAAGGCCACGGACACGGAUUUGUAUCGCUGUGAGAUAGAGGUCUUCUACCCACCACCAUACCUGCAGCUCACUGGCAACGGCACGCUCAUUCAUGUCUUAGGCAGCUCCGACUGUCCUGUGCCGGGGGCUCAGAGACAGAUUGCACACCAGGGUGAUGAUGGGGAGGAUGAUGAAGGUGAUGAGAGGAUGGCACCAGUCAGUAUUCCUGUGGUUGUACUGGUGAUACUUGUCGUGUUUGUCCUCCUCAUCAUCAUCUACUUCCAGGCCCUACAUUGUGAACAAGGGAGGAGGGAGGUCGUCAGACCGGUGCCUGGUGUGCUUCACAAGGUGGAUGCUGCUUCAUUUUCAUGUUAAAACUUUGCAUGAAACACCCACUGAAUCAUCAUGUUGGGCUCAUCAUGAGUACCAUUGAUUUUGAAUGGAGGGUUAAAGGAUUACAGGGUCAGUAGUAACCGUUUAUUAAAUAUCACCUCUGUUUUGAUUGAGGUUUUUUUACCACAGCUGUAGAAAAUUACAUAUUUGGUGUCUGUGGUUAUCUUACUUAUUAAGUAUGAAAUAAUGUUUACAUUGUUGUAAACACUAAUUGCAUUAAACGCUGUAGCUUGAUUGAGUUAUCUGAACUCUCACUCUAACCAGCUAGAAAGCUUGUACGGCUAACACUGUGUAUGAAUUACAAAACUGAAACGCUUGAAGUUAAACUUGGCUUAACACUCCAGCUGAGAAUGCAAUGCUUUGAAUGAUUAUGCAUUACGGCUAAGUUUGCAUGUGAAUUUGUU